AUGACAAGAAUCUCUUGUUUACUGAUGACGCUCGAUUUGAAGCGAGGAGUCAAAGGAUCAGAUAAGACCCCUGUCAAGCACGCCAAAGUCACCAAGGUUCUCGGUCGUACCGGCUCCCGCGGUGGUGUCACCCAGGUCAAGGUCGAGUUGCAGGAGGAUCCCUCCAACCCCAGCUCUAUCCGCAACGUUAUCCGUAACGUCAAGGGUCCCGUCCGUGAGGGCGAUAUCCUCUGCCUUAUGGAGUCCGAGCGUGAGGCCCGUCGUCUCCGUUAA